AUGAGGAGUCGAAACUCUUACUUUCCCUGGGUAGUUGGAGGCUUAUUUAUGUGUCUUCCAAUACUACUCUAUCUGGCGUCGAGAACAAAAGUGAUUCAUCAAAACAAAGACAAAGAGGGAGAUGGAGAUCACCACGCUUUUGAUAUCAAAUACGUUGAAUUUUUCUCUGUAAGGUAAGAACGUAUCAUGUUAUUACAAAAGAGCAGAGAUAGAUACCUAGAAAAUUAAAGCAAAUGAUCGGAUCGUGUCAAGUAAAUUGUUACGGGUCGUUCAGUCAAAUCGUACGGGGCUGUCAACCGUAAUAUGUAUCACCGUUUAUAAGCAAAAUCAGCCACAGAUAUAAGGUUUUUUUGUUUGCGUGUGAAUUCUAAAGUAGAAAAAAACUCAUUGCAUGUCUACCACAUAUUAUUCGCUUGUCCCUUUAUUGAAGCCUGAACACCUCUAUUUGUGAAAAAUUGCCCUCCAUCUGCUCGGAAAUAGAGUUAGUGUCACAGAUGAUUUAUUGACAAAAGAGGAACAAACGUAGUGGCCUAUUGCAAGAAACGUUCAGCAAUAAUAAGUUUUCUUUUCGGUCCAUUUGUCCGUUAAACAGGCACUGACGCCGGAAAGCGCGUGAUCGAAUCAUAAACAAGAUGAUAUGACAAGUUGUCACAUGGCAAUGUUAGUUUACCUUGACCCAUUUUCAAUGUACUUGAUAUAGACCUUCACAGCUUGUUUACUUGGAUAAGAAAGGCUAUCGUUUAGCGCUGGACUCUUCAGAGGAAUCCAACUACAUUGAAGCAAAAAGCGGUGUAAUUGACAAAACCAGUGAAAACUUCGACGCGGACAGUAAUAAUUCAAGUGACAGCUCACAGACGAGAUCUGUGAGCAAUGACAGUCUUAUGAAUAUUUAUGACGAAACCGAUGCUAAAAGUGACGCUGAGCGAGACGAAAGUAUUGACUACAACAUGGGAUGGGAUGAGGUCCAGGAAGAACCCAAGAGGUAAUAAUUUAAUCCAUAGUCUGAUAAAAUAAAGGUUGAUUUGGAGUAAGUCAUUCCAUAAACUUGUCUUAGGUCCCCAGUGGUCGCAGUACCUCAGUUAAGCAGAAUUAAAGCCGACAAAUUUAUAAGAUUAACUGAAUUUUUUCAAUUACCAAACCUAUCUCCAGCUAGGAGCAUGCAUGGUUUGGCUCAAUCAUGCAUGGCAUAGAUAAAACUAUUUCGGCUAUGGGGACUGUAUUUGCAUUUGAGCCAAGAAGAACGACUGAGACGAUCCAGAUCAAAUCAGCCGUUCUCGAUGUUUUUUAGAAGGUAAACUCCAUUUAAACUUAUUAAAUUCCAUUAAAUUAAUGCAAAAUACUGCAACUGAACAAGGCCGUAGUCUCUUCAGGUAGUGGCCAUAUUAGAUUUUGCAUGGAGCAAUUUCUUGGAGCUACUCUUUGAACAUCGAUCUGUAAAGAGCAUAUGAGCUAUGAGACACAAAUUUACGACUGAACACUGGACACCGCAUUUCGACUUUUAAAAACUUCUUCUCUGCUCAUUUUUUUAGGAUUCCCUGUGCCUUAAAGGGUCCAUUCGUGAACUUAGUGCUUUUAAGGACUCACCGAACUGGGAGUGGAACACUUGCUAAUAUUUUGUACAGAUAUGGCGACUUGAACGACCUGGAUUUUGCUCUUCCUAAACAGAAAAGCUACGAUUUCUAUUGGCCGUUACACUUUAAUCCAAGCUACGUGGACAAAAAGUACCUUAAUUCAACUGCUCCAAACUUACUCAUUAAUGCCAGAUACAGCCCAGAUACAAUAGCAUCCUUCAUGCCAAAGGUAACUAAUACUUGCCUGAUACAGACUCAAAUAAUUAUGCAGCCUUUGGGGAAUAGUGGAGAUAGAGGUUGACUCCUUUAUGCGCCACUUUGCAUUCCAUAACAACGCUGAAAAUGGGACUUCCAUCCAGUCGUUAACGUUGACAAAACUAGUUGCUCUCUGAGUGAUUUAUUCUCCCAUCACUCACCAAUGUUGGCGUAAAAUGGCUUUCAUUAGUCCAGCUUAAGACUGAAUUAUACAAAUCCAUAUGGGGCCUUUCGCUGAAGAUAUUUUCCUUAUCACACAGCAGCUUUAAAAGAAGGUCAUAUUUCAUACCUACGAGCUCUAUCCCUUGUGCUUGUUUACUUGCUUGUUUGUUUGUUGUUAGUCGGUCUACUUGCCUUUCACUUUCUUUCUUAUUGUAUAUCUAUUUGUUUUGCUUUGGAGUUUGUUUUCUUGUUGUUUCGGUUGUUUCUUUGUUUGUCUUGCCUUUCACAUUCUUUUAUGGUAUAUCAAAUUUCUUUCCUUUUUUUUUUUUUGCUGUUUUGUAAUACAAUUUGGAAUCUUUCUGAAGCAAACACACCAAUCAGCGCCAGAAUAAAUUGUAAGAGCAGCCGUGUAAGUUUGAACCGUACUGGAUUCAGUACAAAAUUAAAUUUGAUUCCCAUCUUCCCAACAGUCACUAACACAAGACAUUGUUUCAUUGACCCAAUAACUAUUCUUGCAGGACUCUUACUACAUCGCAAUUAUAAGGAAACCAACGAAUCAUUUUGAAUCUGUCUUCUACGGAUAUCAAAUUGAUGAUUUGCUCGGUAUGAACAAUUACAGCGACCCAUUUGAUGCAUUUCUGACCAAACCCAAGCAGUAUCUGUUACAGUAUCUUCAUCAGGAGCCACGAUUUGAUAUCAACAUUAACAUGGUAAAGAAUGGUAAGUGAUAAGUCGAGACAUGAUCAUAAAUAUUUAUCUGAAUGAUUUUUCUGCUGGAGUUUUGAUGAGCUAUACGCACAUAAGAUCAACGUUUGAAAUAAGCAAACAGUUAACGCCAAUUUUCUUCAAUUCUUAACCACAGUGAGUACAUUGCAUUGUAAACUGUCGUUUAACUUGUCGAAGAUUCCGUUGAUUUCGCUGGGCUGGUCAUGCGUUGCAAAUUUUACACUAAGUUUUAAUACUGCCUGAUUUUUUCCUUCUUUAAAGUCAUUUAUUUAUAUCUGUGUUUCUAUAAGUGCUUCAAACAAAAAUGUGCCUAUAUACAUCCGCAUUAAUUAUGUAUAUAAUGAAACCUAAACGUAAUGUCCGCGCUCUCUUCAGGACAAAUGUUCGACCUUGGCCUUCAGCACAAAUAUUACAAUGAUCCAGUGAUGAUAGAGAAGUACAUUGGUGACCUGGCCGAGAAAAUAGACUUAGUGCUUAUCAUGGAAUAUUUUGACGAAUCUCUUGUUUUACUCAAAAGAGAACUCUGUUGGGAUUUAGAUGAUGUUGUUUAUUUCAAACUGAAUCAAAGAUCACCUGAGUACAAAGAAACAAACAUAACAGAUCAGCAAAAGGUAAGCAGUAUUGCCUAUUUCUGUACAUUCUCAUUAUUCCAUUUGUUUAUCAAAGCACUUUUUUAUUAAAACUUUUUAGAAAGCAACUGGAAACAGUUUCUUUCCACAAUAUCAAAAAGCACAAACUUAAAUGAACUUGCUGAGAAGGAAAUCUACGUUCAUUUAAAUCGAUCAGAUUUUGUAUGAUAAGUGGAAUAACAUGUAUGAACACAAUUUGAAUGAUUCUUAUUUACUCAAGAUCCAUUGAAGGAUAGAAGCAUAAACAGUGUCGCCAUUGACAGAAUUUUUUUAUGAAAAAAAAAAUGAAACAAACUUCAAGUUGCCGUUGGUCUGUACAAAAAUAGAUCACAGAAGACGUAGAAUUUGUUAAAGGAAUAUCUGAGCACCACACUCGGCUGCGCCAAGAGAAUAAUAAUAAUCUCUUGACCGCGCCUUGCAUGCCCCUUUUUUUCGUUAUUACCGGCAUUUUGACGCCAUCGACAAAAUAUCACAGAACAGACAUAGAAAAAAUCACUGAAGGCAACAUGGAAUCUACUUGCUAAAUACUGACCAGACACGAUUCCUUUUUGCUUUACUCUUCUUUCAGAUGCAAAUCAGUGAAUGGAAUAAUGCCGAUGCUGCGUUAUACGACUUUUUCAACAAAAGUUUCUGGAAUAAAAUUUCUGCGCAAGACCAAACCUUUUAUCAAGAAGUUACAAAGCUACGUAACAAAGUGAAUAGUCUCGAGAAGGAAUGUAUUCACACGCUGGAAACAAACCGUGAUACUGGAGAAAUGGAAAUCAAACUAAAUGAACACAGGAUUCCAAACAUGAACAAAUAUUUAUGUGAGAAAAUGACUCUGAAAGAGGAGAGUUAUAUUUCAUAUCUAAGGAAGAAAUAUAAUCUGAAGCUCAAAGAAGACAGCGAGCGUUUAAGAAACUGGUUUUAUGAAAAGUUGAAUAAGACAAGACUUGAAGAUUCACAAUUACUUGGCUUGUAAAUAAUGCUGUUACUUAGUAUCGCAAUAUCGCCUUAAAUAUUUCGUAAAUAUAUUGAAGAGUUUUUGUUUGUGCCGUGUAUGAAGAAAAGGAAAUAUUUUGAUAUUCGGAGAAACCAGCCCGACUACACUA